AUGAGACGCAGCCGAAGUCGCGAACAAGCACUUGCGAUUCUGAUGGGCGAGCUUGAUCGACUGAUCCAAGUUGCUACACCCACCAAAUCAUUAGUAUUGGCUGUGGACGGUCCACCUGGGGCCGCCAAAUUGGCCACCCAACGGCGAAGGCGGUACAGCACGUAUGUUCGAAUCAGCUGGAAACUAGAACACUUUGAAAAGUUGCGUCUUAGCAAGAAAGAACGGCAAAAACGAAAGCGUUCCUUCAAGCGAGAGCUCGACAGUAUUGAGAUUACACCAGGGACUGACUUUAUGAAAUCAAUGGAAUCUGCCUUGGUCUAUUGGGCGUGGCAAAGGCUCAUGCUUCGCGACUCGAAACUAAAAGGUGUAGAUAUUUACAUCAGUUCUAGUGCUGUACAUGGAGAGGGAGAAAUCAAACUGAUGGAUUGGGUCUGGGAGCAUGGACCGUUUUCCCCAAAUUCAAAUGUCUAUUCCAAGCGCAAACCAAAAGACCGGCACGAAAGUAUAUGCUUCCUCGGAGACGACUCAGAUCUCCUAUUGGAGGGAAUGGUUAUCCCGCCAAAUUUUGCUCACAAUGUGUUUGUUGUACGACAGCAACGUCAGAACCAUUUUUGCAUUUCAUUGUGGGAAACCACACGGACGCUUGCGGAAAGAUUGCCGUCUUCGUCGCUGAAGAGCCCAAUUGAGAAAACCCGCCAGAUUUUCCAAGCACGGACAGACUUUGUCCUGCUCAUGAUGAUGAAUGGCAACGAUUACCUUCCACGCUUACGAGGAGCACGGGGAUUUUCAAGGCUUUUGUCGAUGUACAUGAAAGUCUUGGCCCAACAUCCAACAUCUGGACUCAUUGAGGCAAACUCGUUAGAGCUGCAGUUGGAUUUCUGUAUUGAUUUUUUUCAAGAAGUUGCGGACUCUAUUCCACUAAACGAUCGCAAUUUCGGCAAUGAUGAUGACGAGGACGACGACGAGGAUGACGAUGACGAUGACGAUGCUCAGCGAUCGCGAAAGACUCCACUUGGAGAGGUCAAUACCAUGAUGGAUUCUGGAUUCUUACCAAAGCCAGCGGAAUUCAGUGUGCUCCAGGAGAUAACUACAAAUGGUCAUACAUCGAUUGAAAAUGGGGCGGACGAAGGCGACAGUACUCUUGUUCUUGUGCGCAUGACCCUUGGCGAUGUCGAUUCUGACUCAUUCCUCGAAUAUGAGGUUUGGCAUGACCCAAACGAACCAUACAAAGUUGCAAAACAGCAGUUAGCAGCAAUGGCAUUGGAUGCUUUUCUUGGAACUGAUUAUGCUGGUGGAACCGAUAGCUUUGAUGCCGAGGGUGGAAUAACCAACAGUGGCUAUGCGUGGGAAAUUGCCCAAGCCAUUGAAGGGAACGUCGACACGUACUUGGGUGGACUGGUAUGGAACUUGCAAACAUAUCAAGAUGGCAUUUGCGUGGAUUAUGGGUACAACUAUGGGCGCCGCAUGUCACCAACGGCACAAGAAAUAGUGGACUUCCUUUCUGCUGCAAAGAAAGAAGGACGAUGCGUUGGAAAAUUGCAACUUUUCGGUGACGAUGACAAGACAUUCCGUGGCCCGAUCUCAGCCGGUCUGUCAUGUCUAGCAGCAUUACCUUCUGAGAUCAACUCCAUUGUACCAAGACCAUAUCGGGACCUACCCCAUGACGAAGUCGAAAGUUUCUACGAACAGUGCAUGGAUCCCACUGAUAAUGUUUUCGAUCUCAAAAAGUUUGAAUACCUUUGUGAAGAGAGGCUUUCCAGUAUGGACCAAAUACCCGAAAAUGAUAAGCAAGAUAGUGCUAUGGAUAAUCCAAAGUAUACCGAGGACACCCAAAGCUGGGUUGUCCUAUCCAAGUCGAAGUAUUCUCAGAAGCGUUCAUUCAAGCCACCACAACCUCCGACAAAAAGAUUUGGUCAGCUCUUUGAAAACAAAUCUAUCAAGAUCAGUCACGUUGCUGCUUCUCCGCGUCCGCGUACACGAGCGUCUUGGGGACACAAAUUGGCAACAAUUAGUCAUCCUUAUGGGAAAUUAGCCGCUGAUGGUGACGAAGACAUUGAGCAGUUGUUGCAGCAAUCCGAAUCGAUCUUUGCUCUAGGAUACAAAGACGGUUUUCAAUCAAGAAAAAAGCGCGAUGAGCAGGCUCUUGAAAAGCCCAAGAAAAGGGCACCAUCGGCAUCGCUCGUUGAUAGAAUGAAAUCCUACGAAGUGGAAUCCAUACCAAACGAGAUGCCAAAAAACAAAAUUGGUCAAAGCCCAAUUGAGAUUUUGAAGGCUCUCGCUGACAUUGGAAUGAUCGGAGAUUUGAAACUUGAUAUGACUAGGCCAUCUCCAACUGAUUUCGCAGCCUUCGAUCCUGAGGCCUUUGAACUAACUACGCUUUCGAUUCAAUCAAGUGAUGAGUCAAACAGUGUCUUGAAGGAAUCUUUUGCUUUAAGUUUGGAUCGUGAGAUCAACACGUAUCCUCGAAAAAUUGUCAAACAUCAACUAGGUUCUAUGGCGCUGAAUCGAUUGACUGGAUCAAAACUUGAUUGGUCAAAGUCAUCAAUAAAAGAUGUCAAGCUUCACUUGAUGAACGAGUCAGGAUUGAGAAACAUUGCGAAGGGAAGUAAUGUCGAAGAUUGGACAGAUCCAAUCACUACAAAAGAUGGUUCAACCGCAGUCGAGUGCCUGAAGCAGCUUCGAGAUAUCGAGAUGAUUGGAAAAACUCGGUUUCUGACAAGAAAAAGUCCUCCAAAUUCAGAAAUCAUGCAGCUCAUUGUCAAGCGGGCGCAAAACAAAAGCAAGGGAAUUUUGAAAAAGGACUUGUCCUACGAACAUACUCGGGAUUUUCAAACGCAAACAAAGCGAAUUGUGAAGCAGCGGCUGGCGUCGAUGGCUCUUGCUGAUAUUGCUGGAUCAAAAAUCAAGUGGAACGAUUUGACAUACCCUGAACUGCGCGACUUGUUGAUGGAGAAAUCGCAAGCCACCAAAUUUUCUCCUCCCACUUCCAAAUGA